AUGGUGAACCUCCCAACUCGGAUUCGCCAGAGAAAAAGAAUGCGUGCUCGUAUGCAAAAGUACCUGGCUCAGAGACUACUUCCACGCUCUGCGCGUCCUUCUGAUAUGGACCAUGACGAUUACGCUGUGGAAUGGGAUACAGUUACAGACUCUCCGAAAGUCAGAGGAGCUAGGCUCUUCACCGAGCGGGUGGAUGACAUGGCGAAAGAAAUCAUGUACCUAGGCGACGACAUCCACGACGCGAUACAACGUUCAAUCGCGGAUUUGACGACGCUUCGUGCUGGCCCCGAAACUUCCGGUGCCGCAACUCCAACCACUUCACAGAGUGUCGCAGCACGCAUGGCAAUGCUCACCAGUCUGAAGGUGACGCGUCUGCAGACGGCGAAGCUACGCGCAACGCUUGUAAAAUUGUGUCACUUUUACCGAGCCCUACUUAGACAUGCAUCUGGCGUUCCCAAUGAUGUCAGUCCCACUAUACAUGCGCUUCGCAGAGAAAGAUUCUUGCUCCACUACAAAUGUGCCGUCGCCCGAGGACUGUCCGAGGAGCUAUCCAGAGAUGUACGAGGUAUGGCCCUCGAUGCCAUUCCGGGGUUCGUUGCUCGGCUACGAAUACAAGCAGUUCAUCUCGCUAAGGAAAUAAGUAUCGCGACACACUACAUCAAAAUUGGUUCAACAAGGUUGUAUGGGCUCAAGUUGGCUGAGGCCGGGGGAGAAGGUCUAGGUAGCAACCAUGCGUUCUUGUUCUGGAACUCCCACCAAUUUGAGUUCCGUUUGAAGGACCUGCGCGCGCUAAGACUGCAGCUUAGAGCGGAAGCACUAUUCCCUCUAUCAACUCAGUAUUCGACGUCUAUGACUAAUAUGUUCCGUGACAUCGAUACAAGGAUUUGGAGAUUCAAUGAUAAUGCAAGCGCCAUCGAAAACAGCUUCAAAGAUCUUCGCAGACAGAUCGAACGUAACGCAAUCAUGGCAGGGAGGAGUGGAGCUCUGGAGCCGUUCGCCAUUACUAUCAGGAAACAGCUGGUCGAGUCCCUGAAAGCGAAAUACCGGGAAGACAACCCAGGCCUGCGUCGCUGGGGCUACCAACAUACGCGAUGGUACAUGAGAAUCCGUUACAUCUCUCUCGCCCAGCCGCAAGACGUAUCACGUCAAAGUGUGAGACGCAAGCACAGGUCUGAACGGCAGAAACACAUCCGAAAGUUGUCUUCACCAUUGCACGUCAGGUACUUUAUCACUAGCAGUGGUUGGGCCAAGCCACGGACUCGCAAGCAUAAGCCGAUCAGAAAUGUGAGGAAGCAGCUUCAAGUGAGACGCAGAACAGCUUUGGGGAAGUUGCGCAGACUACUUUCGGCGACGCUACUCUCGUAUCAGAGUCGAACGUUCAAAAGCAUGCGCAGUGCCGACCGGCUAGCUUCUUUGCCAAAGAAAGAGAAGCCGUCCAGCGUAACACAGGUCGGGAUGACUAUUGCCGCUUUAGGGUUUUACAAAAAAACUGAUGAAGAGAACAACAACAUCAAGACUAAUUAUUCAAGGAAGGUUGAGCCUUUGACGAACAAGUCUGGCAGACCUCUCGUACGCUGGAAAGAAGCACAGGGCAAACCAAUGCGGGUUCUACCGCAAUUUAGACCGCGCUUCACAGCAACCCAGCCCAUGAGAGCACCCCAUCCAACCUCGAUAUCUUUCAGCAGCGAUGCAUGGGCGCAGAGCGUUGAUGUGCUGACAAUCCCUGAUGCAAGCGGUCGAAGAAGCCUGGUCAGUGAAUGUUCGACUUCUUCACCUGGCGGUCGCACCAGUGAUGACAAAUCGGACAUAGAGCACUCACGUAACGAUUCAAAGGGCGAACAUCAACCCAAACACCCUGAACACCCUGAACACCAACCUGACGGGCAAAACACUCAAUCGCCUAACGAGAACAUGGAUAAGCUGUCAAAGAACGACCCGCCUAGCGAAAGCGAGCAUGACGACGAGUCUGAGAGCGAAUUCGACGAGGAUUCAGAAAUAGAAGAGCCUGUGGAGGAGCAUACCCCGUUGACCUACCAAAUACCCCCAGAUGUCUUGUACAAUGCUCUGCAGGCACCUACACAGACUCGCGGCAGUUACUGGAGCCAAAAGCUAUACCGCAGUCCCGAAGAUAAGGAGCUCCUGCUACACUACUGCGUGAACAUGGAGGUCUCAGAGCGAGUGGCCAAGCAUUUCCUGAAUGAGAAAGUUGUGGGCUUUGACAUCGAGUGGAAGCCUUUUGGGUAUGUCGAUUCGAUCAAAGAGAAUGCAUCUCUCAUACAGUUGGCAACCGAAGACCGCAUCGCUCUGUUCCACAUUGCGCGAUUUCCAGGCAGAACGCCUGAGCAACUAAUGCCACCCACGCUCAAGGCCGUCUUGGAAUCUGCUGAGACGUUCAAGGUCGGUGUUGCUGUCAAGGGCGACUGCAGUCGACUAGAGAAGUACUUUGGCAUGAACAUCCACGGGGUCUUCGAGCUCAGCCGGCUGCACAACCUCGUCGAGUACUACAAAACAGAGCCGAGCAAGGUCAAUAACAAGCUUGUGAAGUUGGCUACGCAGGUUCACCAACAUCUGCUGCUCCCGUUGCACAAAGGCGAACCCUUUGUCGAUGAACCGCUGCGACUCAGCAGUGUUCGUGAGAGCGACUGGAGCCGACCACUUGACUACGAGCAGAUCCACUAUGCUGCCGCUGACGCGUAUGCCGGUUUCCGGUUGUUCGAUGUGAUGGAGUCGAAGCGGAAGAAGCUUAAGCCUACACCGCCGAUACCGCGCUUGUGUGAUUAUGACAACAAGCCUGCGCCUCGCACUACGCCAAAGGCUAAAAGAGCGAAGAAGGCGACACCCGACACGGAGAAGAUCGUUGCUGGGUCUCUUAGUGGGCUCGAAGCUGAAGAUGCGGAGGAAGAGGCGUAUGAGACGGCGGCCGAAGAGCUCGCUGAGGAAGAGGAAGACGAGGACGCCGAUUCUGAGUCUGCUUCUGAGUCCUCCGAGGAUGAGGAUCCCGACGCAGACUAUGCACCCAAAGUUCGCGGUCGCAUUGCUCUAGGCCAAGGCUCGAGUGAUCCAUCUACUGCAUCUGAAGUGCCUGCGCAUCACAUUGGACGUGCGGACAUCUCAAGUCUCACAGGCCUUGACCCCAGGUAUCCAGAGCUACCUUCGCUGUCCGCUGCGGAAGAAUCUACCUCUGAGGAGUCUGAGGCAUUCGAUCCUCCGCCUAAGGCGCCACGGCGGCGACGUGUUGCGAAGCCUGCGCAAGAAGCGAAAGUGCUACUAGCUAAGGCAGAGGAGUCAGAAGACGAAUUCCCCGACCCUGAGCUCGAAGAAGCUUUCGCGACCAUGGUCCUUGACGAACCUUCGAAGACUGCAAGCAACCCUGCUACAGAGGCGGCGCCUGAAGUCGAUGAAACCAACUCCGCCCUGGACAUGGAUCCACUGCAGAUUGAAGAGGAGCCCUCCCAGCCAUCGCUCUCCACCACCGCUCCAACACCCACCUUCACACCCCUCAUCCAACCCGACCCAACCGCCCAUACACCAGAAUUUACCCUCGCUACGACCUGGGCCCAGAACUACCUCAUCUCCACUAUCCCUUCGCCUUCGUCUACUGUCUCUCCACGCAUCCGCGCCACAGUCCCCCCACUACGCGCAUACCACCUCUGGCACCACCAGCGUGUACCUCUCGACGCUAUCGGCGCACACUUACGCGAUCCACCGCUUGCGCAGAGUACGGUCAGUAGCUACAUCAUCCAAGCCAUCAAUAUGGAGAAAUUGGAGUAUAGAGAUGAAGACUUGAUCAAUCUGAUGGGGACGUUGCCGGCAAACCUGAAGCUGGGGAGAUAUGGAUGGUUGAGUAGGAAAUUGGGUAUUGUACGUUAG